UUGCGACCGAUGGCUUCACUGCCAAUGCCCACUAUGAAAGCAGAUUAGAUAAACCUGAAUGAAAAGUGUGUGCUCUGCCAAUUUGUUUUUACCAGCUUACAUAUUUGCUGACGUCUGUUUUUAACUCACACCAACCAAAAACAUAAUUCAGACACACAAUAAUGCACACAAAGACAUUAUUGCAUCUUAACUUCUGUUAAUUUUUAAUCCAAAAACGGCUGAUUUGUUUUGAAUAAAGUGAUUAAACCUGCUCUUUGGCUUAUGUAACCCCUCAUAGCUUACACAUUGUUUCUAGCACAAGAUUUGUGGCACUUUGUGACAUCUAGUGGACACUGGAUUAGAGACUGCUUUCGGACAGAAUUACAUUGUUGUUUUCAUCAUGUUAUUCAUUAAGAACAUCAAUAUGUUCAUGUCAUCUACAAAAUGGGCUAAAAGUUCAGUGCACCUCUUUCGUCACAGAUAGACGAUAAUAGCUUGGAUUAACAUGGAUUAGAUUAUGUUUGUAUAUAUAUCUAUACAGUUCAUCUAGAAUGUUCAGACUCAGAACAUUACUAGAUCUGAACAAACCUGGUUAAGGGUAAACCACCUGGCUGAAAAUGGAGACAUCAGCGUUCAGCUGCUGGGUUCUUUUUCUGCUGAUUUAUCCAGUUGUUCCCAUGUGUCUUCCCACAGAGUUCACAUUGUUCGUGGAAAAGCCAGAAUGUGACUAUUGUGUGGCGAUCAACACUACUAUCUGCAUGGGAGUUUGUUUCACAAGGGACAGCAACAUGAGGGAUAUUUUCCGCUCACGCUUUGUUGUUCAGAGAAGCUGCACCUAUGAUAAGGUGGAAUAUCGCACAGUCAUUCUGCCUGGCUGUGCUAUCGACUCCAACCCUGCAUAUACCUACCCAGUAGCUAUCAGCUGCCACUGUGGUGCCUGCAGAACUGACAGGGAUGAAUGCACUCUCAGACUCAACAGCUACGAUGCUAACUGUGCUAAACCAGUCAGGCGCGUUUAUCCUUAUCCUGGUCAAAGCAACUACAUGAUCCCAUUUUAAUUCUUCUGUUUAUGUAAGAAAAUAAAGAUGCACUGUUUCAUUCUAUUUAAUCUGAUUGUUGACUAAUAAAGUUAUAGUUUGACGUCUUAGUUUACAGUGAAUUCCACAUAUUUUUCUUAGCAUCGUUUCCAUACUGUCUUCCAGACUUUUAUUAUUUACUGUUAAAUAGAUUCUCUGAAUACAAACCAAUUAAAACUUCAUCAUCUAAAUGGCUCUCUGAAUCAGAUGUCCUUGAGUUAAUCACAUUCUGUUUCUUACCGUAGCUGUGUGUUCACUAUAUAACAAACCCAAGGCUGUUUGCAUCAGCAGGU